AUGCCUAUAAUGAAGGGGCUCCUGGCCCCCCAGAAUACUUUCCUGGACACCAUCGCCAAGCACUUUGACGGCACUCACAGCAACUUCCUGCUGGGGAACGCACAGGGCUGUCGUGGUUAUCCUAUCGUUUACUGUUCCGACGGCUUCUGUGAACUGACCGGCUUUGCACGGACCGAGGUCAUGAAGAAGACGUGUACGUGCCGCUUUCUUCGCGGAGAAGAAACGAGCGAGAGAGUGACUCAACAAGUGCAGAAGACUCUGGAAGGACAGAGAGAAUACCAGGCUGAAGUCCGCUACUACAGAAAGAACGGAACUCCGUUCUGGUGCCUGCUGGACAUCGUGCCGAUAAAGAAUGAGAAAGGAGAAGUGGUGCUGUUCCUGUUCUCCUUCAAAGACAUAACCGACUCGUACGGAAAGACGCACCACAGCUCCAAGAUACAGGAAGAUGGCAGUCAGAACAGGAAGUCCAGCCGCUCUCAUCUCAGUGGCGCGCGUGAGAGGGGGCGGAGUGUCCUGUACCACCUGACCAGUAACUUCACCAACAGAAACAAAGCGAAACUGGCAAAUAAUGUUUUCCCGAAGCCAACUCUUCCUGAAUACAAGGUAGCGUCGGUCCAGAAAUCCCGCUUCAUCCUGCUCCAUUACAGCGUCUGCAAAGCAUUGUGGGACUGGUUAAUCCUCCUAGCGACGUUCUACGUGGCCGUCACCGUCCCGUACAACGUGUGCUUCUCCGCCCCUGACGACAGUAACCACGACGACCCGGAGUGUGACUCCUCCUACCGAAGCACUAUUGUCAGCGACAUAGCGGUGGAGAUGCUCUUCAUCCUCGAUAUCGUCCUGAAUUUCCGCACUACUUACGUGGGGCCGGCCGGUCAGGUGGUGUACGACGCUCGCUCCAUCUGUAUACAUUAUUCUGCCACUUGGUUCAUCCUGGACCUCAUCGCUGCCCUGCCCUUUGACCUGCUCUACGUUUUCAACAUUUCAGUGACUUCUUUAGUUCACCUGCUGAAGACGGUGCGUCUGUUACGUCUGCUGCGUCUGCUGCAGAAGGUGGACCGUUACUCGCAGUACAGCGCCGUGGUGCUCACGCUCCUCAUGUCCGUCUUCGCUCUGCUCGCGCACUGGCUCGCGUGCGUCUGGUACGUCAUCGGACGCAAAGAGCUCGCAAGCAACGACCCGGUCACCUGGGACAUCGGCUGGCUGCAGGAGCUGGGGAAGCGCUUGGAGACUCCUUACACAAACGGCACAGUUGGCGGGCCUUCCAUGCGCAGCGCCUACAUCGCCUCGCUCUACUUCACCCUUAGCAGUCUGACCAGCGUGGGUUUCGGCAACGUCUGUGCCAACACCGACGCCGAGAAAAUCUUCUCCAUCUGCACCAUGCUCAUCGGAGCUCUGAUGCACGCCGUGGUGUUUGGCAACGUGACAGCCAUCAUUCAGCGCAUGUACUCACGCCGCUCUCUCUACCACACGCGCAUGAAGGAUCUGAAGGACUUUAUUCGCGUGCAUCGCCUGCCUCAGCAGCUAAAGCAGCGCAUGCUGGAGUACUUCCAAACCACUUGGUCUGUUACCAACGGCAUCAACGCUAACGAGCUACUGCACGACUUCCCAGAUGAGUUACGUGCCGACAUCGCCAUGCACCUCAACAAGGACAUCCUGCAGCUGCCCCUCUUCUCCUCCGCCAGUAGAGGGUGCCUGCGAUCGCUGUCUCUGCAUAUCAAGACUUCUUUCUGUGCUCCGGGGGAAUAUCUCAUCCGACACGGAGACGCUCUGCACGCCCAGCACUUUGUUUGCUCCGGAUCCCUAGAAGUCCUUAAGGACGGGAUGGUGCUUGCUAUAUUGGGUAAGGGAGAUCUAAUUGGUGCAGACCUGCCUGGGCGGGAUCAGGUGAUAAAGGCCAAUGCGGAUGUGAAGGCUCUGACCUACUGUGACCUGCAGUACAUCAGUAUCAGGGCGCUGCGCGAGGUCCUAGAGCUCUAUCCUGAAUACGGCAAUCGCUUCAAUGAGGACAUUCAUCAAAACCUCACGUACAACCUCAGAGAGGGUCAGACUCGAUUUCCUCGCUCUCCAAGAAUCUCACAGGGUCGUUUUGACUCCCUCCUUACUCCUGAGCCAAAGUUGCCAUUUAUUGUGGAGGCCGAGGAUGAGGACGAUCCUGUGCAGGAAGUAGGCAGGCAGCCUUUGCUCUCCAGCGUGGAAGGAAACUCAAACCAUUCCGCCCUGAGCGCCAUGUUAGGGGAGGAGCUACGCCAUUUCGGCAUGCUCCGCCUUUGUCGCUCUCCAACACAAGGAUACAGAGGACAGAGCCCCUCCCCCAACCCACCAGCCAGCGAGGAGCUUUGCCCCCCAGUGAUAGACACUGGCUCCGUCAACCGUCCGGCCAAGCUGCUCAUCCCCUCACUUACCUGUGUUAGUCCACUAGAUCUGAGCCCCAGGGUUGUGGAUGGUAUCGAGGACAAUGAACCGGUGUUUCACUUCAACGUGGAGCCCAGCGAGGUCACUUCUAAUCGGAGGGCCAAAGAUCCCUUUCAGGUCAAUGCAAACCUUUUACUCGAGACAGAAGAAGUUAGACAAAGCAUCUCCCAGCUCAACAUGGAGAUGAACCGCUUGAACCAGGAAGUGUCCAAUCUGGCCAAAGGUCUACAUGAGAUGAUGCACUUCCUGCAUACCCACGUGACCAUGUCACACUUUCCUUCCCCGCACCCAUCACACUCAACAUAUAGCCUCCACACACAAACCAGCAACACCAGCCUGACACCAUCUCCUUCUGACUGGCCGCCUCGGAUGUCUUUCAACAUGGCCGCAGCUUCCAGCUGUGGCUGCGGAAGAGUCGCUGUUUUGGGACAGGAAGUGGAACGGGAGCAUCUCCAUCCACCUCCUAGUCCUCCACACAGCACCUGCCCUCAUUCUCUGUGCUGCCCCGAACAGGAAAGACUCUCAGCUUUAGGAGUGGAGAGCCAGCCGAGUCUGUACCAAGCAUCCAGGACAACACCAAAUUCACAAUACAUGGGCCACUCAGAUAACCGGGCGGUGCCCUGUCUUCUCAGCCUGGCUCCGAGCUUCCCUUCAGUCUCAGGACCUAGCAGGAUGGCACCUCAAAUAAACUCUCCAAGCAAAGCUCUGUGUUCUCAUAGCAGCCUUAGUCAAGUGCAUUCCUCUCUAAGCCUGCAGACCACCCCUGACCUCACGUGUCAACGUUCCACACCCAUCCACAUCUCUCUUACCCCAACUGGCCAAUCACAGCCCUUUACGGCUAUCAGUCCACUUACACACGCCGGGAUUUGUAGCCCGAGCUCAUUACACUUACCUACAGGGCCAAGACAGAACGACCUAGUCGGGUCGAGUCCUGUUCACCUGCACGACCCCACCCCAACCCCCGCUGCGGAAAUGACUGAUACAGAGAACUUGGGUCCAGCAGGCGUCUGAAUCCAAAAUUUACUAGUCUUUUCUUUUCAACAUAGAGAAAUGCACUGCACUGCAUGCCAGUUCCUCCAAAAACAAAAGCAGCUGUGUUGCAAAAAAACUUUACAGUCUGCUCAGAAAUGUGUUUUGUUUUGUUUCUGCUUUGCUUUGACACUAUUACCUCAUA